AUGGCAGAUCAAGCCCGCCGCCCUUCGUCGGCCACGGCGAACGAAUACCUCAUCCAGCUCUAUCUGAUGCUGCGCGAGCGGCGGCCGGUCGUGGGCGCCCGCAUCGCCGAACGGAUCGGGGUUUCGGCCGCCGCGGUCUCGCAGGCCCUGAAGCGUCUGGAACAGCGCAAGCUGGUCGUCAUCGAUCCGGACGACGGCGUGCGCCUGAGCCAGCGCGGCACGGUGCAGGCCGAGCACACCAUCCGCCGCCACUACCUCCUGGAGCGUCUGCUGGUCGACGUGCUGGGCUUCGACUGGGUCGACGUGGACGAAGAGGCCGACAAGCUGGAGCACUCGCUGUCGCCGCGCCUGGAAGAGCACCUCUUCGAACAGCUAGGCCGUCCCACGACCUGCCCGCACGGCAAUCCGUUUCCCGGCUCACCGGACGAACGCCGCCUGCUCGACGCGCCGCGACUGACCGGCGCGCACGCCGGCGAACGGACCGAGAUCCUGCGGAUCACCGAGGAAGCCGAGGAGAACGAGGAGCUGAUGCGCCGCCUCGACCAGGACCACCUCGUCCCCGGCACCCGCAUCACCGUAUCCAGCAUUUCCGAUGCCGAGGUGGUGUUCCGCAAAGAUGCUACCGGGCAGGAGAUCACCCUGCCGACCGGCUACGCGCGCUACGUCCGGGUAGACACCAACAACUGA